AUGAACGCUACCGUGAAGCGCAAGUUCAACUCCUUGCUCCAGGGCAUCGGGAACCGGCCGACUAACCCAGACUCCCCCUCCUCGACGCGCGACAAUGACUCGCUGAGCUCGACGCCUGCCUCUUCCUCAAGCUCGAGGUUUACAAACAUGGCCAACGAUAGCCUCGACUAUCUCAGUAAGAAGCGCCGUGUCGGCGGGCUGCCCUCCACACCGAGCGCAAUCACGUUAACGACCCCGACGAAAGGGCAAACCACCAUCUCCAACGUCACCCUGCGAAAAUGGAACUCCCACGGCGGUCCAGGGAGCAGCCCCGCGCCCGGGGCCGGCGGCGGCAGCAGCGCGAAGGGGGAUAGCCCAGUUACGAAAUUGCAACCACCCAAAUACUGCCCGGGCGACCGCGACCAGCUCGUGCGACGAUUGGCAACUUUCCAAGAGCUGACGGACUGGACACCAAAACCCGAUAGGGCCAACGAGAUCGAAUGGGCGAAGCGCGGCUGGGUGUGCCAGGGCAAGGAGCGUGUUAAGUGCACGCUCUGCAACAACGAACUGGCUGUCAAGCUGAAUCGUAAGGAGGUAGAUGGGAAGGAGAUUCCGGUGCUGAUCGCCGCAGAUAUUGCUGAGUCGGUGGUGGAUCAAUACGUCGAGCUGAUCAUCACAUCGCACCGAGAGGAUUGCUUGUGGAGGAAGAAGGGGUGCGACGAUUCACUUCUACGAUUGCCUCUGCCUAACCCCAAGUUAGCCCUCGAAACCCUACGCCAGCGAUACGAUGAGCUCUGCCAGCGCAAGGACUUUCUCCCCUAUGAAUUCAACCUCCGUCUUCCAGAAGGGUUCGACAUCGACAUCAUCCUCUCGUACCUGCCACCCAACUUCUUCGCCGAGCCUCCUGCAUCCAGCACCGCCGAUUCUUCUGCAGCCUCACAGCCCGCUAGUCCGAACCCAUCCACCUCACAACAACCACAAGCAGUCAACCGCACCGCCUUAGCCCUCGCCCUCCUCGGCUGGCAAGGUCUCACCAACCCUCGCCUCGGCACCGCCGUCCCCAACUCGGCCUCCUGCCAUACCUGCCUCCGCCGCCUCGGCCUCUGGAUGUUUAAAUCCAAGCAAGUCGACCCCGACACCAACACGAUCCUGGUCCCCGCGCCCAUGGAUCACCUCGACCCUUUACGCGAGCACCGCUUCUUCUGUCCGUGGAAGAACCCGCAAGCGCAGCGGAACCCGGGUGCCAAGCCCUUGGCCAGGGGUGAGACGGACAAAGCCGCCUGGGAGGUUCUAGUGGAAGGGCUGAAGAACGAGAGCCGGUUGAGAGAAAAGGCAAGGGAUUUGAUGCAUGGGAGGAGCAAGUCCUCCGGCUCUGGGUUUGGGUUUGGGCUGGGAGGGAAGAAAGGAACACCGCAUCGGGCGACGGGAAGCACGAGUGGGUUUCUGGGAGUGCCGAUGACGCCGGACGGUAGAGGGGUAACGGGACAACAACCGAAUAGUGCGCCGGGUGGUCUUCAUGUUGGUGGUGAAGAAGGAGGAGGAGGGGACGAAGAAGAGGGGUUUGAGGAGGAGGACGAUGAUGAGUCGGAGGAGGCAAGGAAGAAGAAGGAUCAGGCUAUGAUGAGCAGGUUGAAGAGGGUCAAGACCUUAUUCAAUACGAAGGGGAGCAAGUUGAAAAAGUUGGGGGCGUCUCCGUCGCCGUCCCCGGGAUCCGCGGGAACGGGGACGGCAGCGGUUAAUGUGCCGGAUAGUCCUCGGCCGGGGUCUUCGCAUUCUACGAGGACCACCGGGACGCCGGGGACAGCUGCGACUACGGGAGGCAGUACAAACGCCCCUGCUGAGUGAUGUGAGGGGAGUGGCUAUUGUUCAUCGUCAUCAUCUUGCAGGUUGGCUGGCGAGCGUUGACACGCAUGGAGUUUGGGGAACAAUGUUAUCGUCCAAAAUUUGUAUUCUAGAGGUGUAUCAAUAGCCUUUGAUUUUAGCGUCAACGGUUUCCCUGCCAAAUAAUCAGCUCAAGGAUACUGUGUA